GUUUUUAAUCUGGGGAUUUUAAGAACAUCACAUGCUCAGUCUGAGAACUGGCCGGACCUCUACAACGUACAAAUGCACAUUCCAAGCUUGUUUCUCCUCUAUUUAGGUGUUUUCUUUCGUUCAAAAAAAUGGAAAUCUAUUAACCUACGAAAAUAGGCUACUGAAGGAAACCAAGCGCAGCAACUCCUCAGCGGGCACCUGCGGCACCAUUUUGAGGAGUUUUCCGCUGGAGGGACCAACUUUGCAUUUUUCGGGCGAAGGCGAAUUACUUCAGCAUCUCGGAGGAUUUAUUGCACCUUAAAAUGACGUACACGUAUAGUCAACGAUCUUUAAUGGUGCUUGCUCUAUUAGGGGUCCUGUCUGCCGUUAUGGCUUUACUAUCAGUCUUCUUGAUUUUCCAACUUCAGUUACAACAAACGGGUGUCAAGGAAUCUACGUCGCCUGUCGUUCCUGUUGAAAUUGCAGUUGUUCUCUUGCCGGUUUCAACAGUUCUUACUGCUUUGUCUUUGACACUAAACCUAACUUCUGUGGUUGUAUGCCUCCUGCAUAGCUAUUUCACCGCUGAGAUUUGCAGAGGGGAAGAAGACACGGAGAGGGCGGACUGGUUUCUGUUGGACAGUCGUGCUGUGCGGCAUGUGGCCAUAGGUUUAUUCUGCCUCGGCGUGUCCGUCUAUCUAGCAGCCAUGUCCAUUUAUAUGCUGCUGGUGUUUGAGAACGAGACAGGCAUCGCCAGCGUGUGUGUGCUGUCAUCGGGAAUACUCGUGCUGCUGAUCAUAGUGGCUCACUCCCUGGCACGAGCGGCCCGCACCGCCCGACAGUACCACAGCGAGCACCCCCACGCCAUGUACCAGAACGAGCCCGAGAGCAGCCCCGGUGCCCACCCUCCUGAGCUGGGCCACGUAGACAAAGUCAGGACCCAGCGCAGCCAGUCCAUCCUGCAGCGCCAGCUGUCCUACCCUCCCUGCCCUAACGUCAAACAGAAGCAGCAGUAUGCUCCGUCCAGCGGGGUGCCCAGCCACGCCAGCGAGAAAGAGAGCUACAGCGGCAGUGGGGGAGCAGCGCCACGCAUGCACCGGACCCUGUCGGCAGAGUCCGGACUGCUCCAGUCGCCGUCCAAGCCCUGGAAUGGGAUCAACAGUGAGAUGAGGACUGUGUUGGCACGGAAGUCAGGUGCUAUAAGCAAAGACUCCACUCUGGUAUGAUCAACAACGACCAAGUGGUCAGCCCAACCAGGGCCAGCCUGUAUCCACAGAUCUGUAGUUCCAUCUGCCAGCAACACAUCACAUGAAGAUGGUCACUUCAUGAAUGCUGUAUAAUGUAUCAUAUGCUUUGCGCUGUCUGUCUUACUUAAGGAAAGUAUCAGGAGGUUAUUACCUCAACACUUAAGGUUACACACCACUGAAAAUGCUAAAUGGGUAAUGUGGAUUCCCCAUGCAUCACUUCUCUAACUGUUGACCGCUGAACCAGAAAAAUGCUUUCAUUUGAUAUUUUUGUAUCGUUAUAUUAACUUAUUAGUUCCCUGUCAGUUAUGUCAUUUUUUUUUUUCAUACUGACUGAAAUAAUUUCCAAUAAAUAGAAUUUGUUUAACA